UUGGCUACAGAAAUCUGGGGGCUGUUCACUACCUGCGGGAGAUGGGCCAGGACUCUGUAACAUAAAAGGAGAACGUGGGAGGGACUGGGAGAAUUCCCAGUGCUCCACAACAUAUACAGUAAAGAGAAAAAAAAAUUCCAAAACAAAAUCAGCAUCUGUGCAAGAACCCAGCACAUUGUUUACAGGGUACUUGCAGGACAGAUUUUUCUUUUGUCUGAGUCAGAUUUUCCCAUCUCCUUGUAACAUGAGAUGUGUAACGUGGGUUUCCUCCAUCGUCCUGGUAUGCUGCAGCAUCGUUGUGGGUACCACUUUCACCUCUGGAUCCCGCUUUCUCCGCACUAAUUGCUACCCGUGUUACCUGAGGAGCCAGGGACUGGCGCCUAUUCGCUCCAAUAACGGAAGACCAGAUGUUGAUGAGUGCCAAGUGCAUAACGGAGGCUGCCAGCAGCAGUGUAUCAACACCCCGGGGUCAUAUCGCUGCGAGUGCAAAGCAGGAUUCCGGCUCCACGCGGACAGCAGGUCGUGCAUUACCCUGUACUCCUGCUCCACCGGAAACGGCGGCUGUGAGCACGACUGCGUACAGAUUACGGUGGCUCACUACCAGUGUCGCUGCAGAAACAAUUAUCAGCUGAAAGAAGAUGGGAAGCACUGCGAAUUAAGCAACCCAUGUGCAACCAGGAAUGGAGGCUGCAUGCACCAAUGCACCAACGAUGGUGGCCGUAGUAAAUGUAUCUGUCACCCUGGAUACAGGCUGGCAGCCGACGGCAAGACUUGUGAAGACAUUAAUGAAUGCGAGAGUGGCCUGGCCAUGUGUGCACACAGCUGUCUCAACACUCGUGGUUCCUAUCACUGCGGCUGCAGUCCUGGGUAUGAAUUGGGAGCUGAUGGAAAACAGUGCUACAGGAUUGAAAUGGAGAUAAUUAACAGCUGUGAAAUAAACAAUGGUGGCUGUUCUCAUGAAUGCCGUCACAGCAGUACAGGGCCCCUGUGCCUGUGUACACAGGGAUUGGAUCUGGAUUCCGAUGGAAAAACGUGCAUAGAUGCGGAUGAGUGCACCAACGGCGCCUCCUGCUGUCAGCAAGAGUGUUCAAACUAUGCCGGGGGCUACGAAUGUGUCUGCUACCCUGGUUACAGGCUCAAUUUGGAUGGCUGUGGAUGUGAUGAUGUGGAUGAAUGUCUUCUGAACAACGGAGGAUGUAACCAGGUCUGCGAGAACCUUCUUGGCUCCUUCCUAUGCAACUGCAAACCCGGCUACAGGCUGGAUGCUGACGGCAAAGGCUGCACUGCUGUCCAGGGAACAGAUUCCAGGCGCCGCCCAGUUGAACACUCCCUUCCUCAAGUUACUUUACUGAGAGAUGAAUUUGCCCAAAUAUUUGAUGAUGACGAGUAUGAUGAAGAGGAGGAGGAGGAGGCAGAAGCCAGGGGGGAGCACACGCUUUCUGAGUCAUUCGUUUGUUUUGACGGUACUUUUGGCCCAGACUGCACGCUGACAUGUGACGACUGUCAGAAUGAUGGAACAUGUAACACAGAGGAGGAUGGCUGUGUCUGCUCUGCUGGAUGGACCGGGCUUAUAUGCAACCAAACUUGUCCGGAAGGCACAUAUGGCCUGAACUGCAGCCUGAAAUGUAACUGUAAAAACGGAGGGACGUGUGACCCCAUCACUGGCCGGUGCCGCUGCCCCCAAGGAGUGAGUGGGGAGUUCUGCGAGGACGGUUGCCCAAAAGGAUAUUUUGGAAAGAACUGUAAAAAGAAGUGUAACUGCGCCAACAAGGGCAGAUGCCACAAGAUCCAUGGAGCCUGUCUGUGUGACGCUGGGCUCUACGGGCGCUACUGCCACUUAGUUUGCCCCAAAUGGACGCAUGGGCCUGGGUGCUCGAGAGAAUGUACCUGUGUGCAGAGCAACACCCUGGAGUGUAGUAAGAAGGAUGGAGUGUGUACCUGUAAGCCGGGCUACCAUGGAGCAUCCUGCCAAACAAAAUGCGAUGCUGGAUUUUAUGGCAUUGGCUGCAGGAGUAAAUGUAACUGCCAACAUAGUGUAUCCUGUGACCCCACCAAUGGGAAAUGUCUGACACAGUGUCCAGAAGGCUACCAGGGGGAAGACUGUGAACAAGCAUGCCCGGCAGGAAAAUAUGGCAGGAACUGCUUAGGCUUGUGUUCGUGCGGCGGAGCACCCUGUAACCACAUUAAUGGGACCUGCAUUUGUCCAGCCGGCAAGACAGGAUCAGACUGCACAAAAGAUUGCCCAGCAGGACGCUGGGGAGUCGGCUGCCAGGAGAGCUGUCCCUGGUGUGGUAACGAUGGAAGCUGUCACCCAGCCACAGGGGAGUGUGUCUGUGCUGCAGGGUACACCGGCAGGCACUGUAAGGACAGAUGUCCUUCUGGGUGGUUUGGCCAAGGUUGUCAGUCAAGAUGUGUGUGCCAGGAUGACAGCCAAUGUGACCUGGUAACUGGAAGAUGCACCUGCCCGCCUGGGUGGACAGGACAUAAUUGCAGGAGAGCGUGUGAUGGCGGUCACUGGGGAGCCGACUGUGCCGAUAGCUGCAACUGCAGCAACAGCGAUUGGGGCUGUAACCCAGCGACAGGGCAGUGCGUCUGUGAGUCCGGCUACACAGGAAGAGACUGUGAUCAGAAGUGCCCUGCCAGAUGGUACGGCUCGGACUGCAGAUACCAGUGCAAGUGUGACAACGGGGCACUCUGCGAUCACGUUAGUGGGGCAUGCACCUGUGCUACUGGCUGGAGAGGAACCUACUGCGAGCUCCCUUGUCCAGAAGGAUUCUACGGCACUGACUGCGCCAACAGCUGCCAAUGUGCCAACGGCGCCAGCUGCAGUCACAUUACUGGUUCCUGCACAUGUCUAGAUGGGUGGAUUGGCUCUACUUGCAGCCAAAAAUGUCCAGACAACCGAUACGGAAGUGGCUGCCAGGAGAGGUGUCAGUGCGUGCAUGACGUUAGGUGUGACCAUGUCAGCGGCCAGUGUAUCUGUGCCCCUGGGUGGACGGGAGCCCGCUGCCAGCUAGCUUGUCCGGAUGGUUUCUAUGGAGAAAACUGCCUUCAGCAAUGUAUCUGUAGAAACGGCGGAACUUGCAACCAUAUCACCGGCCUCUGCAUUUGUCAAAAAGGUUGGACAGGAUUGGCAUGUGAAAUGGAGUGUAGCUCUGGAACAUAUGGAGAUGGCUGUCUGCAGAAUUGCACCUGUCAAAAUGGUGGCGUUUGCGAUUGGGAAACUGGCGCAUGUACGUGCCGGGCAGGAUGGACAGGGGACUCUUGUCAGACGGCCUGUCCAGCCGGGACAUUCGGAGUACAGUGCCUGGAGAAGUGUUUAUGCCGACACGGGGUUUCCUGCCACCAUAUUACUGGUGCAUGCGACUGUCCCAGGGGCUGGAGAGGAAAUCACUGUGAUAAACCCUGUCUUCCGGGGUCAUACGGUGACCGCUGCUCAAAGCUUUGCAGUUGCCCCCAUGGAACGGCGUGUAACCACAUCUCUGGAGAGUGCGGAUGUCCUCUGGGAUUCACAGGGAACGGAUGCGACCAAACUUGUGUUCCAGGAACCUACGGAUUGAACUGUGCCAAGAUAUGUCAGUGUCCUGGCCAACAUCAAGACUGCCACCCGGUGACCGGGGAGUGUAUCUGCGCCUCCGGCUACCACGGGCACACAUGCCAAUUAAAAUGUUCCAGUUUGUUUUACGGUCAAAACUGCGAACACCCAUGUAAAUGCAAGAAUGGAGGUCAUUGCGAGGGCACAACAGGGGCAUGCCGGUGCCCUCCUGGAUAUGUGGGGGCUGACUGCGGCACUGUAUGUCCCCCUGGGCAUUAUGGAAUCGGAUGUGCCCAUGUGUGUCACUGUGGCCCCAAUGGAACCUGCAAUCAUGUGACUGGUGACUGUCUUUGUGGCCCCGGAAGGACGGGAGUGACCUGUGGACACGUCUGCACCAGAGGCUACUUCGGGGAAAACUGUCGUCAGACCUGCUCCUGUAAGAACGGAGGACUGUGCGACCCGGUCAGCGGAACGUGCAGCUGCGGCUUGGGAUGGACAGGAGCUACAUGUGAGGAAGAGUGUCUCCCUGGGAAAUACGGCGCAGACUGCCAGAUGCAGUGUUCUUGCCUGAACAAUGGAACAUGUGAUAAAGUAACGGGAAGCUGUCACUGUAUGAAAGGAUACUACGGGAACACAUGCCAGCACGCUUGUCCUCCUGGUCUCCAUGGAAACGGGUGCCAGGAAACGUGUGACUGUGAAAACGGAGCAUCGUGCGACCCUACAAGUGGAGCCUGUCACUGUCCCGCUGGUUUCUAUGGAGGCAAAUGUGAAAAAGGCUGUGAGAUGGGGACAUUUGGAGAGGGGUGCAAGAGGACCUGUGAAUGUGACGGAGAUGUACCGUGCGACCCAAUGACCGGAACAUGCCUUUGCCCACCUGGCAAGACAGGAACAGCGUGUGAUAUAGACUGCAGGAUCAAUCACUAUGGUCCCAACUGCAGCCUCAGCUGCGAAUGCGGCUGGAACGCACAAUGCAGCGCUCUGACUGGGAGGUGCAUCUGCCUGCAUGGAUUUAUAGGACCCACCUGCCAAGAAGGUGGCCCACCCCAACUUAUGUCCCCUCAACUGCAAGCACUUCUAAACGUACAACCUAGAACACCAUCCAGAUCUUCAGUUAGGUAUUUAAUACAUACAAGCAAACGCCAGCCAUAGACAUUUUCUAGGAGUGUAACUCAUUGUACCAACCAUGAACCACUAUUUGACUCUUAUGGACACUGUACGUUUAAGGUCCACAUAAUGGGAGGACAUAAAGGUGACCGAUAUUCUGCAUUUAAGGCUUCUGGAACAGAGAUGAAUGAAUACACGGGACAGAACAUUUGCACGCCUGCCAGUGCACAGACCAAGACGACGGGACCAUAUUUCACAGUUUGAUCUUUUAAUACUUUCUUUUCUAUUUAUGGUGCUGUAAAAGAGCGUUCCACAAUUCAUUAGGAGUUUGUGUGAUUUCUUUUUUGUUUUCCUGACCAAGAGACGGGACACUGGCCAUAAAUCUGAGGCAGAAGCAGUUUGCAGUAGGGUUAUCUCGCUUGUCACAAUUCGAGGUGUUUGUAGAGAAACAGGCCGCGUCGUACGUGCUCCUGCUCUGAGACGCAACGCCAGAAAGUCGUGCAAAGCAUAUUGUCUACAGCGCUAUAGAGUCAUAGUGAACUGAUACGGAAUACGGCCAAACAAAAAAGAGCAGACAUGUCAGCCUCCGUAGGAGAUGAACCACUUCUUGUGUAUAUGCUCCAUCGUGGUGGUAGUCUUUCAUGACUUUUAUGUUGUAUUAUUUAUGAGACUGACAGGUCUUUGAGGAAAUAACCAAAGGGUCACGAGUCUGUAGCCCAUAUGUGGUAUCUAUGUCUUGAAAAUCUUUUUUUUUUUAUGUCUGGUCACCUUCAAGUCUGACAGUUAAAUAAAUCUUGGCAUUUGCAGGAAUCACAACCUUGGGUCUAUGACCACUGAGCACUGGUACGUAGUUAAUGUGCCAAUAAAAAUAUAUGCCAGCUAUUAGCUUCAUUCCCAUGACUGGAGUGGCCAUCUUAAAACAGGAGAGUAACUGGAUUUCUUUAUGUUACUUAUGUAUUUUAACAAUGGACAGUGAUCUUCAACUGGUAUUAUGUUGUGAAACUGAAUUAAAUAAGACAAAAAGCCCAUAACACAGAUACAAGGUUUAGCAAUAAAUAGCUUUUUCUAGUGCGUAACAAAUAUUAACCAGAUGUCUCUUUAAUAAAUGUAUAUUUAUUGGAUAUUUUGGUAAUACAAGCAUGGAAGCCAUCUAUAAUGCUGGUUAGGUGGAGCACCAUGCCUAAAAGCCAACAAGUGGUCAUGGCACAGUCUGACAGACUCCCCAAUUUCUAUAGUCACAAUGAGGAGCACUGCUAAACACCUAGUGAUUGUGCACACAAGACAUGAAGCUGGAUAAUAGAUCUCAAACCUGCAUUUUGUAACGGCUAACCCACACGCUGAAAUAAGCUGUGAGCUGUGGGUUCCUCCCCUGCAAAGGAGCAUGGGCAAUGUCAGUCAGCCUGUCAGCAAGGCAUACACUGCCAGAUGCAGCCGGCCUAUAAUCGGAUCCAUCUGACAUGCUGGACGAUUCAUGUCAUGCCAGACAGACCAGGGAAUACACUGUUCAGUCAUCAGCCCAAUAAGAUUAUUAUCAGCUGUUCGGGCCAAUAAUUGGACAGUAUAUGCCCAGCAUAAGCAGUUACUAAGUAUGGCCUUUCAUUCACCUAGCCAGGAUUUAAGGGUUCUAAUUAUUAUAGGUAUGAGAUAAUGAUAUCCGUCAAAAACAGAUGUUUCUACCAGACACAAGCUCUGUAGCCAGUGACAGCCGUACCAGCUGCCUAUGGCAAUAGCUUCCAAUCAUUAAGGAUUGGCGAUACACAAGAGAAAAUGCUAUACUAAUAAAAAUAAGUCAUUUCAUCAGAGAUAGAAAACCUGCACAAUGAUAAAUAGCCGCUUCAUUACCAACCAUAAUUACAUUUACUGACUGCUAAUUUUAGAAACUAGUUAUUAAUUAUAAUUCGACAUAUAACUAUAACGGUAUUACACAGCAAUUACUCCGCCCUUACCCUAUCUGUGCCUAUAAGUGAUAUGUCAUUCUGUUGCACUUCCACUCAUGCGAGUAUACAGUGUACAGAUGCCCUACGUAGAUCUCUUUCUGAACCUUUAUGUAAGUUAUCUGCAAUAGGAAAACAUUAGUCCGUAUUAGUCACUAGCAGUGUUUAUGUGUAAUACUCCUUUCACACCGCACAAAUAUCCCGGUAUCGAGACGGCAUAUUGCCAGGUCAACACAGGUCGGUGUGCGGUGUGAAAGGGCCAUGGUUGAAUUCCCGGGUCGCCUGACCCGGUAAUUCAACUGGAAGUAAAGCAGUGUUAUUCCCGGGUUGAAUACCGGGUCAGUGGCAGAGUGAACGGGUUCCCGGGUCGAUGCGACAUGGGACCCGUUCACUACAAUAGUGAAAGGCGGCGCGGAGAUAAGCUCAUCUCCCAGCGCCGCCUCUGCCCCCCGCCGAUAUGGCAACAGGCCCGGCCUAUUGCCGGGUCGGGAAGCCAGCUGUUAGGGUCCAAUGCUGGAUCCCACCCGGGAAGGUCCCGUUUCGAAUUUGUGGACUGGAACUGGCAUUGGCGGUGUGAAAGGGUUAUAAAACGGUACACCCAGGGUCCUACGCUGCCCUGUGCUGGCCCUGCCCCCUAUCCUGUGCCAUCAUGCCUAGGGGCGGGGCCACCAGCACUAGGAAGUAGAGCACUGGCUGAAGCACCACAGGGGUGGCUCUGCAAUAGUGCUGCAGGGUGCCGUUCCACAGCAGCAGUGCCAUCCCCAGAGCCCUGCGCGACGACACUGUUUGAACACCCCUAGUUGCAGCCAUGAGCCUAAGAAUAUCCAGCUAGGAUCUAAAAUGAAAUAUUUUUUCAUUCAUUUUCCGUGACUAUCAGCACUGACGCAAAACUUAUUUAAGAGACUCCCCCUAUGCUAAAGCGUUGCCAGGGAACCACAGUCGGAAGCAAAUCCCAGCGCCCGCUAGGGUUUUCACCAGGGACAAUGCUUUUGGCACAGCAAAGCUCUAUCGCCCAUUGACAUACAAGACUGUUAAUGUUUUAUACAUAAAUGUUAAAGGGAAACAAACUAGCCCAUGAGAAGAGGUUGUUUUUUUUUAGAUGCUAAAAGUGAUUUCUACCUAGAAUUGUGCUUUAAUUCUCACAAAGGCCUACAGGCUGGGUCUUCUAAAUCCAAAAAUCAGACAUCCAAAGUUUUCUAUCAUGACUGAGAUGGAGACACCUUCAGGUACAAAGCAAACAUUUAAUUCACAAACUUAUUAAAAAUACUGUAUAAAAUGACCUUCAGGCUAUGUGUACAAGCUGUAUAUGAGACAAAAGCAUUCCGUGUUUGGGUCCCAUCCCCAAGAUCUCUCAUUAAGGUAUGCAGAUAUUCCAAAAUACGGAGAAAUUCAAAAUACUUCUAGUUCCAACAAUUGGGAUAUGAGAGACUCAAACUGUAUAUGAAGCAGGGUGCAGUAUAGGUAAAACGGGGUGAUCUCUGCAAAUAAGCCUGUAGCUUGUUUUGCCUUGUAAAUUAUUGCCGCUUAAAUUACCAAAAUCUCGCCAUUUAGUGGAAUCGCACCCUAUUACAUAUACACCGAAGUGACUACUCGCUGCCUGAGUCUCAUGACCUCUGUAACACCCAUACACACAUGACAGAUGUGUGUAGCCCUGGGUGUGAUGUUGCACAACUUAUUGUAGCCAUCUUGUGUGUGAAUUAAAAUAAAACAUUUAGGAAUCACACAAAUGGUUGCGGUAAGGAUGGGACUCUCCUGUCUCAGGCAAGACUGAUUAUUCUGUCAUGCUGCUGCAUGCAGUGUUAUUGCAGAGAAAUCCUCUAUGUGUGAAAGGAGAGGAGUGUUCUGCCUUCAUGUCAGCCAGUCAUUGCAAGAGCAGAUGAGUAUUUAAGAACACUACACUUAUGUAACUGGGAAAAGCGCUUGUGUGGGUCAGUACCCUUAGCGGUACAUAUGUACUAAGCCGUUAUCACUUUUGAAAGCAAUAUACAAAAUUGGUUACCAAUGACAAAUUAGAAAUGUCUUAAGCCAGUCAGACAAUUACGUACUGAGUGUACUCUGAUAUAACCCAGAGUAUAUUACAGUCUGUGCAAGACCACCAGGACACAAGAUGAACAUUUUGCUAAUUAAUUUAAAAUUAUUCUCAAAGACUUUUGCCACUGCCCCUUGCUUAAUAAAAUCAGACUUUUAUUCAGUACGGUCCUCGGACAAUAGUUUGUAUUAAAAAAAGAAAGAAAAAACUUGCUGUAUAUUUAGGAAACUGUAUGUAUAAUACAAUGUUAGGUCCACAUCAGCCAUGACUCCUAUGUAUGUACUGUAUGUAUCUAUGACAACCUCAUUACAUAAUUUAUACUUUUUCACAUGUUUGGAAUGAACCCAUUUCUUGGAAUGCGACGCUAUCCUAACAAAGAAACAUUUUACAUAACAAA